UAUUGUUAUCAGUUCCUCAAAUAUUGAACAUGUAAUGGGUCAUAUUUUACCGUAAACGGGAAGCACUUCACUGCAUUAGUGAUAUUUUUAAAACCCGUUUAGGAAUUUUUCGUAAGAAUACUUUGGAGUCUAGUCAGGAUUUAUACUAGGAUUCAGUUGCAGCGAUCAUGUCUAAAGAUAAGGUUCAGGAAGGCAGGGAGUGUAUGGAGAAAGCUGCGAAAUACCUCAAAACGUCACUACUGAAAUGGGUACCUGAUUAUGAUAGCGCGGCUGAUGAAUAUUCUAAAGCAGCUACAUGCUUCAGAGUCGGAAAGGCUUACAAAGAAAGCAAGCAAUGCCUUGUGAAAGCAUCAGAAAAUUAUUUAAAACAUGGAUCCCUUUUCCAUGCUGCAAAGUGUAUGGACCAAGCCAUAAUUUUGUCUAAGGAAAUGGACGAUUUGAGUGAUGUUUUUCAAUUGGCAAUGAAAGCUAGUCACUAUUACCAGCAACACGGAUCCGCAGGAAGUGCAUCAUUAUUGUUAUGCAAAGUCGCAGAUAUGUUACAAAAAACAGAUCCAGAUUCAGCCAUUAAGCUAUUAAAAGAAGCUUCUAACAUUUCUGGGACUGAAGAUUCAAUUGGACAAGCAAUGGAAUACACCCAUAAAGCUGCACGAUUAUUGGUUAAAUUGAAAAGAUACGAAGAUGCUGAAGAAGAAUUAAACCGUCAGUUCGGACUUGCCAUUGAAGGCGGUUCAACGUCCAAUAUGGGCAGAGUAGCCGUUGAAUUGUUUUUAUUGCAAUUGGCUAAAGAUGAUUAUGUGGCUGCUAAAAAAGUAUUACAUGACCAUGGACUGCAAUAUUGUGAACAGGCCGAAAUCAAUAUGCUCGAUAGUUUAGUAACUGCAUACUCCGAUCGUGACAGUGCUGAAAUUAAAAGAAUGUUAAACAGUGCAUUUAUUAAACACAUGGAUGUUGAGUUUGCAAUACUUGCCAAGAAUUUAGCUGAAAAAUGGGUAGAGGAACCUGAAGAAAAAGUUACGAACGUUGUUGAAAAUAAUGAUGACAUAGUUAAGCCACAAACAGAUUUUGGAGGAGGUCUUUGUUGAAGUGGAAUGUAUGUACUUUUUUUUUCUAUUAAAAUUAUUUUUUUUUCUUAGAUUGAAUUCAAGAGUAGCUAAAAACUUAAUUCAACCUUUAUUAUAUCUCAGUUAAUUAAUAUAAAUAUUAAUUGUAUAUACAUUUAUUGACAAAGAAAAAAAUUAGUAAAAAUAGGCAUUUAUGCUAUAUUUCUCAGAUAAACACAAUAUUAAAUUAGAUUUUAUUGAGAUAUAAACAAUUUCAAA